AGUGCAGCGGUGCCAGGAAACUGACCAGUCCAGCCGGAGACGCUGCACAGUAAAUAGCUCAGUACAGUUUGAGUGAGUGAAGCGAAGUAUAGCUUAACAUUGCCAUCAUGACUAAAUGGGGACCUAUUUUGUUGGCGAUCUUUGUCGUCGUGGCGAUUGUCGCCGUUCAAGCCGACCAUGGUGGUGAACACGGUGGCCAAGAUGAUCACAGGAAACAUGCAGACUACCACGGAUCGGAUUCGCACCAUGGCCACGGAAAGGACGGCAAGAAAUGCGAUCAUGGACAUAAACAUGGCAGGGAUCAUGCUGCGGGACAUCACAAUCACGAUCAUGAGCAUGGUCACUCGCACGGAUCGGAUCACGGCCAUCAGGAUGGGCACGGACACUAGGGGAAAUGUGAUCACGCUGUAAAGAGAAAACUUCUUUGCUUUUUUUUUCAAGCCAUAUGAACAUUCAAAUAAAAAAAGUAUUUAAAAUGUA